GUCCGCCAGCGCCGCAUCGAAUCAAACCUUUUGACCGCAAAAGAGGAAGAUCAAUUCUCGAUCUCAAUCCCACUAUAUAAAUUCCGACCAAAGCGUAUAGCGAAACCACCCUCUAGCGGCUAUAGCUCAUAGACAAGGUUACGGCCGUAAAGACAGAGCGAGUCUCUAUGUUAUGUCUAGACGCGACAACCUCGUAUGCUCGCUCGGUCUCUAAGCUACGAACUACUUGUCUGAACCUUAAAACGAACGAGCACCGGGUCGAGGGGGAGCCAUGACCGCCAAGGAGGCGUCGCAGGGCCGGGUCAUUCAUAGAAAAGUCAAGUCGGGAUGCAUCACGUGCAGGGCACGAAGAGUAAAAUGCGACGAGACCAGACCGCAGUGCAUCCGCUGUCUCAAGUACGGCACUGAGUGCGGCGGCUACCUGCCUGGUCGUCGCCGCCCACCGAGUUCCUCGUACGGCUCUUUCGCGCAGCAAGCCCGGGCGCUGGUCCCGAAGAACCAUGGCCCCAUGAUGCUGCAACCCGCGUCCACGCUCUUCGAGUCCGAACUCGAGUUACACUACUUCAGACUAUUCUCUGACCGUAUCGCGGCGGAGAUCUGUCCGUAUUUCAACCCGGAGUCGUGGAGUCGCAUGAUUCUGCAGGCGUGUAUGCAUGAGGCUUCAAUCCGGCAUGCGGCUGUGGCGAUUGGGGCGUUGGGGAAGACGUACGAGAUGGCGCAUGCGGGGAAAUGUGCUGUGGACGGACAGACGUUGCUUUUGGAGAUUGAACGUUUGCCUGCUCCUGGCACGACGAGGGAGUCGAGGACUCGUCAGGGACUGGGCCAGAGUGAGGAUUUGGCGAGUGAGUCGUAUAUGCAUCAUAGGCAUGCUUUGGAACAGUACGAUAAAGCUAUCAAGAGGAUGCGGAACGAUAUCUCGAGUGGGAAUCAGAGUAUGAGGACUACGCUCAUCAUCUGUAUCAUUAUCAUUUGUUUCGAGGCUAUUCACGGGAACCACGAAUCGGCAGCAGGCCAGCUUCAAAGCGGUCUUGCGUUGAUCCAGGAUUGGGUAGCGAAGCAAAAUCGGAGUCUACAACACCACCCACAAGGCUUCUCUUCACCAGCACCAGAAGUCAUCGAAGACUUCCUCGUCCAAUCCUUCGGCAGGAUGGAGAUCCAAAGCAUGAGCGUCUUUGAUCCUCGACCAGUCGAAGUACAUUCAAUGCUCAAGCAAGAAGGACGAGAAACGAUCCAAGCCAUGCCUACCCAAUUCUCCAGCAUGGAACAAGCUCGCAUCUACCUAGACCUCAUCACGCGCCGCCUCAUGCACUUCACAAGCUCAGUCCACGUCCCCCGAACCUCAGGCGGCUCCCUCGAGAGACCCAAGACACCUCCCCCCGCAUCCCGCCGCGGCCAAGCCACAGCCUGGAACGAAGUCAUCUCGCCCAUGCCUUGGUGCGACGGCAAGAUCCCAUUAGCAACUACAUCCAGCACUCUCUCCUCCCAGCCCCUAAUCACAGAACAAGCCUCCCUAUCCACCGAGCUAAAAACCUGGACUUCGGCCUUCGCUCCCCUAUUAACCCUCUCGCUCUGCACCGGCGGCCAAGACGCCAUCUCAGCCCUCACCCUCUCAAUAUCCAGCAUCGCCUCUCAAAUCUCCCUCCACUCCGCCUUCUUCAUCAAUGAAUCCGCCUACGACCAAUUCCUGCCCGAGUUCCGCCAAAUAGUCGACCUCACCACUACUCUCCUCCACCUCCAAUGCUCGCCUACCCCGACCUCUUCCCCUCCUCCUCCAAACUCAAACUCAAGCCCUACCCCUCAAUCACCUCCUCCCCCCACAACCACAACAAGCCCAGCAAAACACGACCCCCUAAUCCACUUCGCCUUCGACAUCGGCAUCGUCCCACCCCUCUACCUCGUCGUCGUCAAAUGCCGCAACAGGACCCUCCGCCGCCGCGCCCUAGCGCUAAUGGAAGACCACCCGCGCCGCGAAGGCGUCUGGGACUCCGUCGCCACUGUCGCGCUCGGACGAUGGGUCAUCGGGCUCGAGGAGGAGGGCGCGAGGCGCUUUAGUAGUAAGAGUGCGAGUCCGGGGGCACAGCAAGAGGAGGAAGAAGGAGGAGGAGAGGGAGAAUUGCCGAUCCCGGAAGAGAUGAGGGUUAGGAAGGCGGCGAUGCGGUUUGAUUUGCUGGAGCGGAGGGCCAAUUUGGGGUGUUUGCAGAUGGAUGUUGAGAAGGGGAUGUUUGUGCAGAAGAGGGAGGUUUUUAGGUGGUAGUUGUUCUUUUUUUCUUCUUCUCUCUGUUCUUCUUGAUUAUGAUUAUCGGUGGUUUGCGGGAGUUUUGGGGGGGUUAUGGGAUAGGUUGGUUGGGGGAUUUCUUCUUCAUAUAUACCGUACAACUAGGCGUUCAAUCGGUAAGCAUACACGAUGGUUGUACGAUGCAUGGAGCCUUGCUUUGUAUGAUAUAGGUAUUCGAAAG